AGGAAGGAAGCAAAUUCAUAAGGGUUGGCGGGAUGGAAGGAAAAAAGAAGAAAGAGACCGACCCACGGGACAGCGGAAGAAGCUCCAAUCUGAGUCGGGUAGAGGCGUGGAUAUGUUUCCUAGAACACAUGGCUGCUUUUCACCCAGCACCAACCAGGAGACCCAAGUUCACCCCUCAGCCUUAGAAGAAGGGCGAGGCCACCCAAAAAUGUGCUGGAAUUUUCCAUCCCCCUCCCACCUCGAGCCCCAUGAAUUCCCAAGAGAUAGGGCCCGGCAGGUGGUCGAUGGAUCAGAAGGCAGAAUUGCAGGACUGUCUUGCCUUUCCCGACAUUGGCAACGUUACCAGCCGCACAGAUGAAUUAUUUUUGCCCGGUCUCACCCCGUUUCAGUGGUUCGUAGGAGCAGAGAUUAACUAUGUGGCUAAUGGAGUGUUUAGACUCUGAUGGCAGCUCAGAGACCUUUGUACUUUAGCGUGCCUUUCCCUUCCAAGGAUGACGCACUCUACAAGGACAUAAAUUGAGAUGCAAGAACCUCUUACAUCUGAAGAACCCUAAGUGCUUUGACCAAAGGCUGAUGUGUUCAUCUCCAAACUCCCCAGAAUCCUGAGCUGAGGCCAAGUGAAGGGGCCUAGCUGGUGUCUUGCCACUCACACACCUCCGCACCGACUGCCUUGGAAAAAGUUCAGACGUCACGAGAGCAUAACUAAGGCAGCCCCCCAAAAGCCUUAUUUAUUAUCAUUUUCCCCACUGUUGGCAUGGCAACACAGGCGUAUGUUACUGAGUUACAGGCGGCCCAGCAGCCACCGCAGCCGCAACAGGCACCGCCACAGGCUCAGCCCCAGCCACCACCGCCGCCACCGCCAUCAGUGGCUCCCCAGCAACAGGCGCCACCACAGGCAUCUGCCACCACCGCCUCUCAGCCACAGUAUGUCACUGAACUUCAGAGUACUCAGCCUCAACCUGCCAGCCAGAAACAGUAUGUGACCGAGAUCCAGGCCCCCCAGUCGCAGUCGCAGCCUGCCAGCCAGCCUGCCACGGCCCCGGCCCCCCAGCAGUAUAUCGUGGUGACGGUGUCCGAGAGGCGUGACAGAGGAGCUGGGCCAGCCACCCCGGACUGCACCAUGUUUUACGAUUGUCUCUUCACAGCUCCCUGCCAGCAAGGCACCAUGAGGGCCAACGAGACCGUGUCCGAGUCCAGUCCAGGCUCCACGGCCACCCAGUCUGGAGUGCCCACACAAGUGGUUCAGCAGGUCCAAGCCACGCAGCAGAGGCUGCUGGUCCAAGCGAGCGUGCAGUCCAAGCCCACUGCCAUGUCUCCCCUCCAGCUCACGAAUGUCCAAGUGCCCCAGCAGCGGCUGGUGGUCCAAAGCACGACCCAGGCCAACAAAGGAGGCCAAGUCUCACUGGCUGUGCACGGUGUCCAGCAGGUGCACUCUCCCCCAGAGCGCUCACCCAUUCAGGGGGACAACUCAGCCCCCAAGGCCGGGACAGUGCAACAGCUCCAGGUGCAUGGCGUCCAGACCGUCCCUGUCACGCAAGAGAGAUCCGUUGUGCAGACCACGCCACAGACGCCAAAAUCUGGCACCGUGCAGCAGCUGACGGUGCAGGGGCUACAGCAGGUUCAACUCACUCAAGAGGUGCAGCAACUCCAGCAGGUGCCAGUCCCACACGUGUACCCCAGCCAGGUGCAGUAUGUGGAAGGCAGUGAUGCCGCUUACUCAGCGAGCACCAUUCGCUCUAGCACCUACCCCUACACGGAGACCUCCCUGUACACCCAGAACACCGGCACCAGCUACUAUGAGUCUCAGGGCACCCCUGCCCAGGUCAGCACUCCUGCCACCUCCCAAGCCGUGGCCAGCAGUGGCUCUGUCCCCAUGUAUGUGUCAGGGAGCCAGAUUGUCACCAACUCCAGUGCCGGGGGAGGAGGAGCAGGUGGAGGAGGUGGAGGAGGAGGAGGAGGAGGAACAGGAGGAGGAGGAGGAGGCGGCGGCGGCAGCAGCGGAGGAGCCGGGACCUACGUGAUCCAAGGCGGAUACAUGCUGGGCAGUUCUAGCCAGUCCUACUCACACACCACCCGUGCCUCACCAGCCACGGUUCAGUGGCUGCUGGAUAACUAUGAGACGGCCGAGGGCGUGAGCCUGCCCCGCAGCACCCUGUACUGCCAUUACCUCCUGCAUUGCCAGGAGCAGAAGUUGGAACCUGUCAACGCCGCCUCCUUUGGCAAACUCAUCCGUUCUGUCUUCAUGGGUCUCCGGACACGUCGUCUCGGCACCAGGGGCAACUCUAAGUACCAUUAUUAUGGCCUGCGCAUCAAAGCCAACUCUCCAUUGCUGCGCCUGAUGGAGGACCAGCAGCACAUGGCCAUGCGGGGUCAGCCCUUUUCCCAGAAGCAGAGGCUCAAGCCCAUCCAGAAGAUGGAAGGUAUGACUAAUGGGGUGACCGUGGGGCAGCAGCAGGCAUCGGGGCUGUCCGACAUCAGCGCUCAAGUCCAGCAGUAUCAGCAAUUCUUAGAUGCCUCACGGAGCCUCCCAGACUUCACAGAGCUCGAUCUGCAGGGCAAAGUGCUGCCCGAGGGAAUCGGGAUGGAGGAUGUGAAGGCCUUUCAGGUCCUAUACCGGGAGCACUGCGAGGCUAUUGUCGACGUCAUGAUCAACCUGCAGUUCACACUGGUGGAGACCCUGUGGAAGACGUUCUGGAGAUACAACCUUUGCCAGGCCAGUGAAGCCACCCCCCUGGCCAUCCACGAUGAAGCUGAGAAGCGGCUACCUAAAAACAGCCUGGUGAUCCUGUCCAAGUACGAGCCCGUGCUCAAGUGGACCAAGGAUUGUGAUAAUCUGCUGUACCAGGGCCUGGUGGAGAUCCUCAUCCCGGACGUGCUGCGGCCCAUCCCCAGUGCCUUGACCCAAGCAAUCCGGAACUUUGCCAAAAGUCUGGAAAGCUGGCUCACCAAUGCCAUGAUGAACAUCCCCGAGGAGAUGGUGCGCGUGAAGGUGAGAUGAGGGAA